AUGACGCGGUUUGUUUUGUUGUCGCUACUACUUGUCGCAAUUGUUGCCGAAUCCUAUCGCUUCACGAGUAUAUAUUAUCUGAACUAUUCGGACUUUGAUCUAGAUUCGCGAGUGCUGGGCCAUCUGGAGCCGCAUUAUCACCCCUUCCUGAAUCGAUCUGACAUCUUCAUUUCGAACGAUGACGCAUAUUUGAGGAAUCGACGAAGUGGAAACGAUUCAAUGUGGGAACAGUUGGAGAAGGCACAAGAUGACAGCUACACCAUGAUCUGUGUUAUGUUACUGUGGGUUUUGUCUUUCUAAAAUGUUUACUGUAUUUUUUUAUUUGAUGUGGUUUUUGUCAGGAUAUAAAACUUCUAAAACAAUGAAAAGUAUAUUUUUAGUUAUUGAGUUAGGGUACGUAGUCUUAGGUACGGGCAUGGGCAUUAAAAUAUAGGGUUAGGUAGGGUACGUAGAGUAGGGAAGGAUUGGGGCAGGUAUGGGUAAGGGUAGGUGUGGGGCAUUGAUAGGGGUAAAGACAGGGACCGAUAGUAGUAGGAUAAGGCAGAUUUUUGAGAUAGGGGGACCUUUUAUUUAGAAAAAAAAAAUUUUUUUUUGAGGGUAUGGUAGGUGUUUUAGGUAACAAUUUUUUAGGGUGUGGGAGUGGAUUUUUUAAAAGAUUUGUUUUGGCUGGGUAUAUGUUUUGGGUAGGGUAGGUUUUUUUUGAUAAAAAAAAUUGGGCGUGUUAAAUUUUAUAAAUACUAAUAUUAGGGUAGGGUCGGGUUGAGUAGGGCAGGGCAGGGUAAGGCAAGGGUGCUUUAAACUAAUAAAAGUUAAAAUUUUCAAAAAAUGAUUUUGUUUAUGUUCCGAUCAGACACUUCCUCUCUAAAAACAAUUACAUUGGUUCUUUUGGGAGUUUAUUUAUUUAUUUUCAGAAUGAUGACUGCCCUUUUUAUUGUGAUGAGGGAUUGUAAUGUGGACUGA